AUGAACGAAGAAUGCCAUUCUCGGCUAAAAAGGAUAAGAGGCCACAUGGUGGUCCACCACGGACCACUGAAAGAGCAUGCAUGCUUCUGGUCUCUCUUCUUGAAUAUCCUAGGUGGGUCACCGCCGCUUUUCAACCAAAUUGUUGGAGAAGAGAAGCUCCUGCUUUAUUAUACCAAAGUCAAAUUGGGCUCUCCGCCAAAAGAAUUCAACGUGCAGAUUGACACUGGAAGUGAAAGCUUGUGGGUUGCCUGCAAUUCCUGCAGUGAUUGCUCCCGGUCUACUUGGCUUCCCAUUCAGCUCAGUUCCUAUGAUUCUGCCAGCUCAUCAACUGCACGGUUGAUCCCCUGUUCAAUGUGCACCUCCGAAUUUCAAGCCAAAUGUUCUCCUCAGACUAACCAGUGCAGUUACAGUACUCAAUACGCAGAUGGAAGUGGGGUACUUGGUCAUUACGUAUCGGAUACACUACAUUUUGACCGGAUGCAGGGGCAAUCCUAUAUUGACUCUUCAGCAUCCAUUAUUUUCGGGUGA